GAUUUUUGUAAUUUACUAAAAAAAACCCAUCACAGCCUUGGCCACAACCACAUAUGACCACCACCUCAGAGGCGGAUCUAUAGCCAUUUAGGGGUUCCUAGAAAUCCAUUCGAUUCGUAAUAUAUACUGUUAAGUUAUAUAAAAUAUUAUGAAGGAAUUUUAGUAGUUUGCAGGGAAAUAAAUCUACAACGUGGUACACUAGUUAAUAACGCGUGCAGAUUAUCUUGAGGUUGCUUGUUCGAGUCGUAUUAAAUUCUCUUUUUGCGUUUUUUAAGUAAAAAACGAAUUAGGGUUUACUGUUUACUCUGAAACCCAAACAGAAGAACAGAACACAUACGUCGGUACCACUCAUCACCUAUCUCCACUCUCCCGCCACCAGCCCACGUCGGCCGUCACACGGCCGCUCGCCGGAGCAGUCACGCAGCCCCUUCUUCGGCCUUCCCUCACUCGGUCACUCUCUUCAGCCUUCAGAAUGCACUUGAAACUAUGGAUGGUAACCUUCAAACGAUUGCAAAGAUUGCUGCUUUGGUCAAUGAUGUAGACAUUGAAAAUUCGAAACGGUGAUGUAGCGACUGGAAUACCAAUUGAAGCAGCAUCAAAAGUAUUAGUUACCAUAAAAGGUUCUUGUUGAGGAAUUGGCUCUUCCUACUGAAUUGGGUUCUCGUUCAUCUAUAGGAGACAAUGACCAUAUGCGUGGCUCUUGACAAUAUGCUCCGAAUGCUCAUCAACCCAACAAAAUCAAGUUUCAGAAAUAUUAUCUGUUUAAGAGUGUAUUUCUCAAGUGAAGCAAACAAAGAGGUACUCGAUCCAUCAAACCAAAUAUGCAAAAUCCUAAUGUCUUGUCCAAAACUCGGGGUUGCAACCGCCCUUGACCAAAGCGGUUUACGACCUUCACCCGAAACAGUAGAAGAAGUCCUCGGAAGAUUCCGGAACGCGGGCAUGCUCGCAUACCUGUUUUUUGACUGGGCCGGAAAGCAACAUCACUACCAACACAGUGUUCGGGCUUACCAUGCAGUAAUCGAUUCUUUAGCCAAAAUACGACAAUACGAAAUUAUGUGGGAUCUUAUAAACACUAUGAGGACCAAUAACUUGCUCAAUAUCGAAACUUUUUGUAUAAUCAUGAGAAAAUACGCUCGGGCCCAGAAAGUCGAAGAGGCAAUCUACACCUUCAAUGUCAUGGAAAAAUACAACGUAACUCCGAAUUUAGCCGCUUUUAACGGUUUGUUAAGUGCGUUAUGCAAAUCGAAAAAUAUACGAAAAGCGCAGGAGAUUUUCAACACCAUGAGAGAUAGAUUCAUUCCGGAUCAGAAAACGUAUAGCAUAUUAAUCGAAGGUUGGGGACGGGAACCGAAUUUGCCAAAAGCAAGGGAAAUUUACCGGGAAAUGAUUAACGACAGGUGUCAGCCCGAUAUUGUGACGUACGGGAUUAUGGUUGAUAUUUUAUGUAAAGCAGGUAGAGUAGAUGAAGCUAUUGAUAUUAUCAAAGAAAUGGAAUGUAACAACUGUCAACCGACGUCUUUCAUAUACAGCAUUUUGGUUCAUACGUAUGGAAUAGAAAACCGGAUUGAAGAUGCCGUUGAUACGUUUCUUGAAAUGGAAAAGAACGGUGUCAGCGCUGACGUGGCGGUGUACAAUGCGUUGAUUAGCGCGUUUUGUAAAGUAAACAGGUUAAAAAACGCGUAUAGGGUUUUAAACGAGAUGGAAUGUAAAAGGGUGAAGCCGAAUUCACGAACGUGUAACAUUCUUUUGAAUUAUUUGAUAGAGCGUAAAGAAACCGAUGAGGCUUUUAAGGUGUUUAGAAGGAUGAUCAAGAUUUGUGACCCGGAUGCUGAUACGUAUACGAUAAUGAUAAAGAUGUUUAGUGAGAGUGGUGAUAUUGAGAUGGCUUUUAAGGUUUGGAAAUUCAUGAAACGAAAGCAGUUUGUUCCUAGCUUGCAUACGUUUUCGGUUCUUAUUAACGGGUUGUGUGAAAAUGAGGAUGCUUCUCAAGCUUGUAUGCUAAUGGAAGAAAUGAUUGAAAAAGGUAUUAGACCGCCGAGGUUGACUUUCGGGAGGCUGAGGAAAUUGCUUAUCCAGCAAAAACGCGAUGACGUGCUUGAAUUUCUACAGCAGAAGCUGGAUUUACUGGUGAAAGAGCCACUGUGUGAUUAAUUUCUUUUGAUUAAUCUGAGCUUUCAGGUGGCAUGCCCGCAUUAGUAUCUUCGUAUAAAGAUUGUUUUCAAAUGAAAUGAAAUGAAAUGUGUUGAACGGGUCAUAGAGGUUAGAUGGUUCGGGAGAUAGAUUGAUAUAUUGGAAUAAUAUAGCAUUUGUAGUCUUUUUUGAUAUACUAGUUAUCUAUAAUUACUCAAGUUUUUUUGUAACCCUGUACUGAAAUUGACCUGUCUUAUUUGAAAAGUUUACCAGAUCAGCUGUUUAGAUUUCAAAA